AUAUGAUAAUAUCACAUUAAGUGAGUUAAAGAACAUGUGCCGAGCUUUAUGUCUUCCUAUUAAGGGAAAAAAGGCAGCAUUAAUAAAGGUAAUUUAUUGGAUUUUAUAUAUUAAAUAAAACUGUACGAUCAAUUCUCCAGUUUUGCUAAUAAAAAAAGAGAAUAAAAGCUAAAAAGGCUGAAAAUUCUAAUGAAGAGGACAUAGAAUCAGUAAAACCUGUAAAAGAAUCUUUAAAGGUUGAAAAAGAACAAUUAGAUGUGGCAAAUAAUACAACUUUAGAGAUAGAAAAUAUUCAUAGAGCUUCAAAAAUAACUUUAGUGAAAGAAAAGUUAGAAAAUGUUCCUAAAGAUUUUAAAAAAAAGACGAAUACUGAUUCUAAAUUCUUGUCAAAGACGUCUAUAAUUGAUAAAAUAAAUAGAUAUGAUACGCCAUAUGUUAAACCAGUUAUUUCUAAAAAAUUAAAAAAAGUUAAAAUAAAAUUUAUUAAGAAAAUGGAUGCUAUUGUUAAAGAUACUCAGGAAUCUGUCUUGACUCAACAAAUAAUGCACACAGUUCAUGAUUCUGAUAUUUUAGCUCUAAGUAUUGGGAAACCUCCUCCGCUUGCUCUUCGUGGUAAAAUAAAUAUAUAUUCCCCCAUAUUUGCUCGCCUUGCUUUUUCUUUACCGUCUUCUGAGAGGUACGGGUUUCUUUGUACUUUAGCACUUGUUUCCAAACUUUGGAAUUUUUCUGUUAAAUUUGCAUGGUAUCACCUUAUAUUAUUGGAAUUCCCUGGAAAACGUACUGAAACAUGGAUAUCUUCUCUUGAUCCUACUAUACAGACUUUUCGUUUAUGGUAUAUUCAUAGACAAAAAGAAAAACAACAUGUUCUGGAACUUUUUAAGAAAAGCUGGAUAGAAAGAUUAUUUAGGAUAUAUGGACAAACAUUUUCAUAUAAUUUUCCAACUUCUCAAAAGGAAUUAUGGUUUUUCGGCAUUUGCUACGGUUUAUUAUCUGAUCCUGAUGAAAGAGGUCAAUGGGAAGUUUCUCUUCGUUUUUGGAUCUCUCAUUUUAUUUUAAGAUUAAUGAGUGGAGAGUCUUGGGAAUCUUGGCCUAUAUUUUUUAGUCAAAUGCAUGAUAAUAUAAUUAUUGAUGCGAAAAGGAUUGGGAAUAGCGACAUUUGGAGAAUUGAAUGUUCUGGUAACAAGGCAUGGUAUAUUUCUGGUCAAUCCGGUGAAGCAAUUGGUUGGGAUUUUUCUUCGGGCUUUCGUUCUGUAAUCAAUAUGGAAAAUAUUACAUGGAAAGACUUGCGUUUUGAUUGGAAAAAAUAUAUUUCUACAAUUAUUAAUGAAUCAUUUCCCUCUGAAUUGUUUGACCGUAUUUUUUUCCAUGGAGAUUCUAGUUUAUAUCCUCACGGCAUUCAUAAAAGUAUAAAAGAUCCUUUACGGUUUUCCUUAGCAAAAAGAUUUGUUUUAUCGCAUGUGAUUAGUUAUGGUAUAUCUGGAUCAUACGAAUCUCGCCCAUUUUCUUAUUGUUCAAAUUCAAAAUUUAUUCUUGAUUUAGAAAAAACUUAUUCUGUUGAAAGCGUUCGUUUAUCUGGUGAAACAGCUGUUUACAAUCAGGUUUUAUGCCAAGGCCUUUCUUAUAUUCAAACUACUGAAGUAGGAAUGUUUGUUCUUGAUGAAAUUGGUCUAGAAGUAGGUGAUGAUGUUUGCGGUGUUCGUGAUAUUUGGGCACUUCUUUUAGGAUGUAAUACAUGGGGCAAUGCACAUGAUUCUAUCACCGCUGAAAAGAUGAUCCUCACUUUAUUUCAAACCUGA